AGACAUGGAAGUGACACUAUUAACCCCCCGAUUCCCUGUCCCCCCAGAAGCCCCGGAUGCUGGGAGACAUGGGCGCGUGUAGCCGGAAAGCCCUGACCCUGCUGAGCAGCGUGUUUGCCGUGUGUGCGCUGGGGCUGCUGGGAGUUGCGGUCAGUACGGAUUACUGGCUGUACCUGGAGGAGGGGAUCAUCCUGCCGCAGAACCAGAGCAGCGAGAUCAAAAUGUCCCUUCACUCCGGCCUGUGGCGGGUCUGUUUCCUGGCAGGGGAGGAGCAAGGCCGCUGCUUUACCAUAGAGUACGUGAUGCCCAUGAACGUCCAGAUGACGUCGGAAUCCACCGUCAGUGUUCUGAAAAUGAUUCGUUCUGCGACCCCGUUCCCAUUGGUCAGCCUCUUUUUUAUGUUCAUUGGAUUCAUCCUCAACAACGUGGGGCACAUCAGACCUCACAGAACUAUUCUGGCCUUUGUGUCUGGAAUUUUCUUCAUUCUAUCUGGCCUGUCUCUAGUGGUGGGCUUGGUGCUCUACAUAUCCAGCAUCAACGAUGAGCUCUUGAAUCGGACAAAAGAUCCUGAGACGUAUUUCAGCUACAAAUAUGGCUGGUCCUUUGCCUUCGCGGCCAUAUCAUUCCUCCUAACAGAGAGUGCCGGAGUCAUGUCCGUCUACCUGUUCAUGAAGAGAUACACGGCAGAAGACGCCUACAGGCCCCACCCAGGUUUCUACCGCCCGCGGCUCAGCAAUUGCUCCGAUUAUUCCGGCCAGUUUCUGCACCCGGAGGCCUGGGUGAGGGGUCGGAGUCCCUCGGAUAUCUCCAGCGAGGCGUCUCUCCAGAUGAACUCCAACUACCCUGCCCUGCUCAAGUGCCCCGACUAUGAUCAGAUGUCCUCCUCUCCGUGCUGAACCUGUAGGCCACGUUCUUACCAGCCACCUAGAUUGUUGGUGUUCUGCAGGGGAACCCUGGGGGUGCCCUUCCACACUGGGAUGAUUCCUGCACCCCCUCAUUGAGUUUAAGCCUGUAUCUAAGAAAUGAUUGAUAUCAGGAUGAGACCAGUAUGGCCGCUGGUGGAAAGGGCACUUCCCCAGUCCCACAGUAGGGUAGAUAAACCAGUUGGUUAUGGCUGGUCACUGUACUACGCCGACUAAACCCCCCCCGACAUGGUCGGCACGAAUCCUAUUGGACAUUAUGUUCUGGCCACAACACCUUCAGGCGUAAGCAAAGACAUGACGCGUUGUGAUGAUGUCAUAUUAUAGUGACGAUAGAGGGCCGAAGCCCGUGUAGAAAUGGCAAUCAAAGUGUUAACUCUUAGGGCAAUCUGUUUAAUAUGUGAUAAUGUGAAUAUUAGAAUACUGUAUUGGGAUAGGACGCUUAGUAUUUAUGAAUAGUGUAUGGGGGCGGGGCAAAGAGAUCUUGUGUUUGGCACUGGGGGGGCAACUGCAUGGAUAUUGUACCCUAAAGAGAGUAGGAGGGUAUAUGCUGCCCUGCAUCCGGUGCAUUGGGGCACUUUAUGUUUCUAUGGGGUGGGGGGGUGACUGCAGUACCACGGCAGGGCAAUGGGGGCGCUGUUCUAAUGAUCUUGCAGGUAUCUCACCUUGGAAUUGGCUUUCAGCCUGUUACAUUCUACUACAGGGAACCGUAAGGUGGGCGAGCCCCUCAAAUCCAGCGUUCCUAUUGGACCUGUCCUGGGGUAACCCAACGGGGGGGGGGGCAAGUUUGGUAACGUUUGUGAAUAACAGUGUCUGACUGGGAAAGGGGCUCGUUAUUACCCAGAAUCCUGCAUGGCGCCAACCUACAGACUGAGUUCUUGUGUUCAGCCAAUGAUGUCGUAGGGAAUUAGGGGGGGGGGGGUAAUUCUUCCGUUUAUAUGCAUUAAACAUGAAUUUGUCAGAGAA